ACUGCAAAAUUCAAAAUGGGGCUCAAGGUAUUCGUUUCAUCUACACCAGAGAAGGCAGACCGAGUGGCGAGGCUUUUGUUGAACUUGAAUCAGAAGAUGAAGUCAAAUUGGCCCUGAAAAAAGACAGAGAAACUAUGGGACACAGAUAUGUUGAAGUAUUCAAGUCAAACAACGUUGAAAUGGAUUGGGUGUUGAAGCAUACUGGUCCAAAUAGUCCUGACACGGCCAAUGAUGGCUUUGUACGGCUUAGAGGACUCCCCUUUGGAUGUAGCAAGGAAGAAAUUGUUCAGUUCUUCUCAGGGUUGGAAAUCGUGCCAAAUGGGAUAACAUUGCCGGUGGACUUCCAGGGGAGGAGUACGGGGGAGGCCUUCGUGCAGUUUGCUUCACAGGAAAUAGCUGAAAAGGCUCUAAAGAAACACAAGGAAAGAAUAGGGCACAGGUAUAUUGAGAUCUUUAAGAGCAGUCGGGCUGAAGUUAGAACUCAUUAUGACCCACCACGAAAGCUUAUGGCCAUGCAGCGGCCAGGUCCCUAUGACAGACCUGGGGCUGGCAGAGGGUAUAACAGCAUUGGCAGAGGCGCUGGCUUUGAGAGGAUGAGGCGUGGUGCUUACGGUGGAGGCUAUGGAGGCUAUGAUGAUUAUAACGGCUACAAUGAUGGCUAUGGAUUUGGGUCAGAUAGAUUUGGAAGAGACCUCAAUUACUGUUUUUCAGGAAUGUCUGAUCACAGAUAUGGGGAUGGUGGAUCUACUUUCCAGAGCACAACCGGACAUUGUGUACACAUGCGGGGAUUACCAUACCGAGCUACUGAGAAUGACAUUUAUAAUUUUUUUUCACCGCUCAACCCCGUGAGAGUACACAUUGAGAUUGGUCCUGAUGGGCGAGUAACUGGUGAAGCAGAUGUUGAAUUUGCAACUCAUGAAGAUGCUGUUGCAGCUAUGUCAAAAGACAAAGCAAAUAUGCAACACAGAUAUGUAGAACUCUUCUUGAAUUCUACAGCAGGAGCAAGCGGUGGUGCUUACGAACACAGAUAUGUAGAACUCUUCUUGAAUUCUACAGCAGGAGCAAGCGGUGGUGCUUAUGGUAGCCAAAUGAUGGGAGGCAUGGGCUUGUCAAACCAGUCCAGUUACGGUGGCCCAGCUAGCCAGCAGCUGAGUGGUGGCUAUGGAGGCGGCUAUGGCGGCCAGAGCAGCAUGAGUGGAUAUGGCAGCCAAGGAGCAGUGAACAGCAGCUACUACAGUAGCGGAAGCCGUGCAUCUGUGGGCGUGAACGGCAUGGGAGGGAUGUCUAGCAUGUCCAGUAUGAGUGGUGGCUGGGGAAUGUGAUUGAUCCUGAUCACUGACUCUUGGUCAACUUUUUUAAAGGAAAAAACAAAUCUCCAUUCAGUUUAACAGUUUUCGCAAUCCAAGCUUGUGAUUUAUGCUUACUCCUAUCAAUGGAAAUCAGGAUUGUUUCAAAAGACUCAAGGUUCAGGAUUUUGAACACAAGUUAUCCAGGCUGUAACAUCGAAGUUGAGUAGACUAUGUAACUGUUAAACAAUUUUCAGCUUUUCUCAAGUUAGUUAUAUUGUAGGAUGUACUUAAGCAGUAAGUGUAUUUAGGUUAAAGCAGUUGAAUUAUGUUAAAUGUUGCUUAUACCAUAUUACAUGGAACACUGUUUGGAUGCAUGUUGAAAGACAUGCUGUUUUGUAAAACUCAAUAUAGGAACUGUGUCUACAAUUAAAAGUGAAACAUUUGGCAUGUUAAUUCUAGUUUCAUUUAAUAACCUGUAAGGCACGUAAGUUUAAGCUUUUUUUUUUUAAGUUAAUGGGGAAAUUUUUGAGACGCAAUACCACUACCUUAGGAUUUGGUCUUGGUGUUUGUAUGAAAUUCUGAGGCCUUGAUUUAAAUCUCAUUGUAUUGUGAUUUCCUUUUAGGUGUAUUGCGCUAAGUGAAACUUGUCAAAUAAAUCUUUUAAAAACUGCA